AUGCUUAUUGAGGGUGUGGAAGUAGACUUGCUCAAAUGGUUUAUCAUAUUUUUCAUCGUUUCCAGUAUCCUGACGUGUAUAUGCAUUGGUUGUCGAAUGAUUGAUUCAAAAACGGACAUCACACAGAUGGGAAUGGAUUGCUGCAUCUGCCCACGGGGAUUUGUCAAACGUCCCCCCAAACGAAUAGUUCUUCUGGAACCCACUACACGAAUCCAACAAGCAGGAUUCACAAUUUACUGUGUCGACCGCCCCAUGCCGGCGACAAAUCUACCGUACCAUUUCGAUCGUGUCGAAGUGGAACAGUGUUUGAAUACACUUUUCGGUACACGAAGCAUCUUUCUGCCAGAGACUACUGUAGCAGUCUCAAUUCCGGCACGUGGAUUCUGUAGUACAUCUGAAUUUCACAUGUUUUCGAAACAAGAUGUAUCGAAAGAGAGUCCGACUGGGUAUUCGUACGAAAUGGUAUCGAGUAGUGUGCAGGCAGCAAGCACAGAUGCUAUCAGUUUUUUCGGUUGCUCAUCUCGCAUUUUGGCUGGUGUAACGAUUUAUUUGGGAAUUGGAGGAGAGUUGAUGGAAAGUGCAUAUCGGAUUAAUUGCAAUUUAAUUCUGAUGAAAAUGAUUCGGAAUGUUCAUCGAUACCAUCGAUGGAUUCCAUUUUCGAGGACAGCUAUUUAUAUAAAAAGUCUUUUGAGGGACAGUUGGAGACCAGUGGCGCCUAUGAACUACAUUCGCCCUCAACUGCGACACUCGGAUGCGGAAUCUUUUCGUUACCGUAUCCGCCAAUCCGUUUCCUCUCGUCCCAGCGGAGCACACGAAGAAAUUAUUCAACUUCAACGUCGUGUUGAAGACAUGUUUGUGGCGAGACCCAUCACUUGUCAACCGACUUCGGUUACUGUACAUAUGGGAUUGAGGAGGCCAUCGUCGAUGAGAAGUUGUCGAAUUCCUGCGGAUAUUAAUUUGAAUGUUACGCAGAUCACUCGAGAACGUCCACCUCCUCUUCGAAUAGCAACUGAUUUUAUAAUAGAUAUGCCACUGGACACCCCCAGUCCUGUAGAAGAGGGCAUUGCUCAUAACAAGGAUCUACCCCCCGACUACGAUAGUGGGGUCCACGGCAAGCAUCUAGAAGAUCUCAUGACACGUGGAAGUUCAGAAAUUUCGUGGAAUUCGGAGAAUGGAGUUGUAAACGUUCGAAGCAAGAGAGCUACUAAUUCGAAUCUCCACCAAGUCAACGGAAUCCUUGCUCCAUUUGCCCGUCUCACUCAUGCUCUGGACCUGGAAGCUGCCCUUUUCGAUUCGGAUCCCACUAUCAACCAAUUUGCUGAUAAACUUCUGGAUUCGGAGCCAUCAAGUAUCGAUUCCCUGCUCUCCUUUGAUUCGGAUUUCCCGAAUAAAAUCCGGAAAUCACUCGAUGGCUCUUCGAUUCAAGAACUCGUUGAGGGAUUUGAAAAAAUUGAAAGUUCGCUGAAGAACUUGAAGCAAAAACCUUUGGAGCUCUCUCAAAAAACGUUGAUUGAAAUUCGAAAUGUUCUCGAUGCCAAGAAGACCGAUUUUCCAAAUACCAACCAGCUAUUGGAAUCCUUCGAAAGGUUCAAGACGACUCUGUUUGAACACUCAAAUUUCGGAAGUAACGGAAAAAACUUCCAGAAAAAAAUAACCCAGUUCUUGAAUAAUGCCAAGAAAUCGAGAAGAGUUCUUCGAAAAAUGAGAGAUUUGAAAAUUUCCGCGGAUCUCAAAACACAAUUCCAAGAUUGUUCAAAAUUGAUCAGCAAGAUUUUUCCAAAGGAUCUGUCGAGUAUUUUUCCGAUGAAGACAGCCGAAAGGAUUGGAUUUAUUUUGAGGGACCAGAAGAUUUUGAAUAAAGCCGAUGGUCCUAAGAAUCUGGAAUAUUUUAUGAUGCAAGACGAGACAACAAGCUUGGAAUUGCUUCGAAAGUAUCUCAAUGGAUCAAUUAUCAGGGGAAGUCUGAGCAAUCCGGAGUUGAUGAAAAAGUUGGAAAAUGAUCUGAAACCAAUUUUGGCGCUAGGAGGAAGCCAGAACAAAUUCAAAACGUUCAUCUACAAAUUCUCCACUAACUCUCAAUUCAACGUGUUACUGGAACCUUUUGAAAGAUUAGAUUACAUUGGGAGCCCUGAAGAAUAUAACACUGAAAAGCUGAAAUGGUUCGAGAAGACUUAUGGAAAAUGGCAAACUGGAUUCAACCUGGUCAAGGAUUUUUAUUUGGGUGUGCUCAAAAAUGUCGACGAUGCCGAGAAACAUUCUGAUGGUCAGAAUUUCAAUUACGUGACUAUCGAAAAAUGGUUGGAACCAUUUGACACGGCUAAAAUGGACGCCUUUGAAAAUGAGCUCAGCAACAUAAAUUCAAAAGACACAUUACAAACUUUCAGAAACGACAACGCAGUUUUUAAGUCUGUUGGAAGUUUGGUAUCGGUAUCAGCAGAGCUUCAAAAGUUCAAGGCAGCUCACGAGGCACUUUCGGAUUUGGAAAAUUUGAGUGGACGAGUUCAAGACGCGGAAACUAAUUUGUUAAAUUUUGUGGAAGAGUUUAUGGAAGAGCUCAAGGAUGAGAGGCUAGAAAAAAUGAAGCUUUUAGCUCAGACAGUUUCGAAAUUUUUGAAUGAUGGACGUACAGAAGGCUACGCAAACCUUGAAGAAAUUCAACACGGAUUUAAAGGCGAAUUUGAAAACGCUCCAAAAUUAUGUGACCAAAAUUCAAGAGAAGAAAAAGAAGCCACAUUCAUUCAAAAACACACUGAUUUUGUCAAUGACGUCUACCAGAAUCCAAGAGACAAACUUCGUAAAAAUAUUGCAAGGAAAAUUCUGAAAGUUCCAAGAAGCCAAAAGUACGUGGAGGAGAUGUACAAGGACAUUGUGAAAUUGGAAAAGGAACUCAAAGGGAAUUCGUCGAUGGCCAGGCUAGAUUCAAUAUUGAAAGUAGCGGAAAACGUGAGAAAUCCAGAAAUCUCGGGUCGAAACAUUUUGAGAGCGUUGGCGUUAGCUAAAAGUUUGGAACUCACGGAAAAUUUCGAGCUGGAUCAAGCUUACGUUGCACUUGAAAAAGUGGAAGAUCUCGAUUUGGAUUUUGUAUCUCUUCAAUCAGCGAACCUAACUGAUUUUCAAUCAUUUCUAAACGAGGAACUUGCGAAACCCGUGAUAAUUGUCCCUGAUGAUUCUUACAAUCAACCUUGGAUUUUCAUAUUUAUUUUAGUUCUGUUUGGAUUCUGA